CUAUGACUGUAGCUCUAUGUUUAAACACAAGGAAAGAGCAACGAACAAGAGAUUGCAGUGUUUGAGUUUUGGAACGCACGUAUGGCGUGCACGCAAGAUGGGUCGAUUCAUUCUUGUGGUUUUGAUUGCAACCCUGGCCCUAUCAGCAGGGGAAAAGCGGAUCUGCCACGAGAUAGACGGCGGCAUGGAGUGCGCCAGCCGCAGCGGCAACUCCGCCAGCUACACCCAGUCUAUAACCAGGACCGGCGAGUCGGCCAUACUCAGGCCAUUGCCGCCCCUAAAGCCGUUGUUUCCGCCUAUGCCGCCAAUGAAACCACUUGAAUUCAUUCCCAUGAAGCCACUUGUAUUCCCACCAAUGAAGCCCAUUCAAUUUCAUAUUUUCAAGAGGAAAUGCGGAGACAAGGGGGAUUAGUUUU